GGCGCCGCAUCGCACAGGGUCUCCCCUCCCUUUUGGCCCGUUGCCUUUGGCCUGCCUGGCAGGCAGGCUGAAAGUUUGCCUCGCCCCCGUCUUUGGUGGGUGGCGCGCGCGCGUGGCUCCUGGCCCUGGGCCCCGUUUCGGCCGGGGCCGCCGCGGCAGCCAGCCUUAUGCACGCUCGUCCUCCUCUGCCUUUAUGUUUGCACGCAGGCAAGCUUUGGACGCUCCGGUCUUGUCGGCGCCCCUUUGUUAUCAUUAUCUUCUUCACCGGCCGCGGACGUAACGUGGGAAGCUAUUCUUGACG